AAACCAACAAAAAAAAAGUCAACAGACGCUGUUCACAGCUUCCCAUUACAGCCGGGCUUCUCUUUUUGUACUUCAGCUUCAGAUAAUAAUUAAUAUAUAAACAAACAGAUUCUUGCACGUUUUUAAUCUUUCAGCUGCAGCUUCUCUCGCCCAGAUGCAGAGAGUGAUAUGACAUCUUCAGAGGGAGGAGAAACGAAUGAGGGCAUGUAAGACUGAAAGAGAGGAAGAGAAAUUAACAGGAUAUAGGUGUGCACCGCAUGUAUGAGUGUGUAGAUUUGUAGAUGUGCAGUUUGGUGUUGGUGGUGGUCGGAGCUUGCAGUGACUUUACUCUGAAGUAAUGUCAUUUCAAAGCUGAUAUCCCUCGUGCGACACUAAAAGACAGAGAGAACAAGAAAGGGGAAGAACAGGGCUGUGUUAAACUUUCCGGUCCAGAUACACGCUAGAUUACCUCAGCAAAACACCAAACAAGCACAAAAUAAGCAGAAUUUGUUUGGUUGACUACUUUCUAUAAAUGAGUCUGGAUGCUUUCUGCAUUUUUGAUCACAUUCACAAGCCUCAAAAGUGGAUCAUCAAGAACAACAGCAGCUCAGCUGAGCACAUACUUCAUACAAGCUACUACUUUGAACGGCUUUCCAUCCAGCGUGCACAUCAUGGUGCUCGUCUUUAGAAAUCUGCUACUGUUUCUUGCUCUCUGGCCCUGUUUCAGGUCCACCAGUGCACAAGAGUUUGCAGUGACAGAUGAUAAUAUCACCACCGCAUUACCUGAUAAUGUCACUGUGGAGGACACAACUGUUCUGUCAUCAUUUUAUCAUGUCACUGAUGAAGCGAUCAGUUCUGCACCAGUAGAUCUUGUCACAGAUGUACAGACGGAACCAGACACAUAUGAUCUGCAGACCACACUUGCGAGCACAACAGGCACCAUGCAGGAGACAACAACUAUGAAUACUACACCCCUCGGCCCUGUUAUUCAACAAACAACACCAGAAUCUGCUCCUGAAACAACGGCAACAGCUGAAAUUCAGCUGACCACAAUGACCAGCAUUACUCUGCCUGUUUAUAUGGAAACAUUAAUGACUGAACAGAAAACUCCAGAAGCCACAACCACGAGUCAGUUUGAAACAACCGUUUCCUUCAAUGUGCCAAUGCUGACCAGUCCUUCAGAACGUCCAACAGAUUUCAUCACGACACGAGCUUUGGCCAUGAUGACGUUUGAUUCAACAGAAGAUCCCUCAACCAAUAUGAUUGAACUUCCUACACAUGAGGUUUCAAACAAAUUGUUUGACCUUGUGGACAACAGCACGACAACCCCCACUGAAACUCCAACAUCCGCUUCACAAUUGACUGAAAAUGAGCCUAUUAUAAAUGGAGUGUUACAUGACAACACAGUCUCUGAAGAUUUCAUGCCUGUCACAAGUGUUGUUAACGUUAAGCAAAGUACUUCUCAUGAAGAAACCAACUGGUUAUUAAUAAUCAUAGUGUGUGCGAUCGCUGCUUGUGUGCUAUGCGUUAUCGUGAUACUGUUCAUACAACAGCGAAAGAAAAAGGCCUCUCGGACAUUUGGCCCAGCCUAUAUGAAUGGACAAAGCAAACGGUCUAAGAAGAAAAAAGGGGCGGAGGAUGACAAGUGGGCAGGGCCUGUGAAUCUGGAGGCGGGAGCUGAAUGUGAUGCUGACGUCCAGGAGGGUCUUCUGCAUAACGAUGAGAAAAAGGACGGAGACGAUGUGGUGCUCAGUACAUUCGCCACCAUGGAUGAAGAUGCCAUGUCUGAUGGAGGAGUGGGUGGAGAAGGAACCAAAGAGGCUAAGAAAUGGGAGGAGCAGGAACCUAUGCCUUUCAUAGAUGAAGAUGUGGAUGAAAAUAAGGUGGGAAAAACACUGUCCGAAAAUGGGAGUUCGAAGGGAGACGGGAAAAGUGAAGAGAACAUGAAUGGAGGAGAAACGUUCUGUCUUACCACGGCUGUCUAAAAGUCUUCUGGGAAUCUGUAUCUUGUAUGUGUGUAACGGUGCCAUAAACACGGACUAUAUCUUACAAAUGUGUAUAUAUUAUUUGAUUAUCAUGCUGAUUCUGUUUCAGAUUUGUGUAUAAUACUGAAAAGCACAGGUGACAAAACACUCAGUAGUGUGAACGUAUGAGGUACAAAUCAUCAAUUUUUAAAGCUAGCAUCUUUCUGUUGACUAAUACAGUGAAUUACCUUGACCAUCUGAAUGAUUAGCCAAAUUUCCAUUGGAAAAUCUAGCAGUUGUGUCAUUUGCUAUUGAAAUUUAGCAAACAAUAGAGGGGGAAAUGUUCCCAACACUCAAAUACAAAAUGUCUGAAUGAAUUAGAUUUAUAAUAAAAAUGCAUCUAUUCAAAAUGUUUGCUAUCGA